AUGGCUGACUCUUUGCUCCCCAUUCGUGUCCUGGAGCACGAGGAGAUUGUACUCUCCGAUGGCACAAUCCUCUCGGCGCUGAUAUGGCUGCCGGUCGAUGCAGAGGCCAAUCCGGUGCCAGCUAUCCUCGAGUAUCUGCCAUACCGUAAACGCGAUGGGACGGCGCAUCGCGACGCCCUCAUUCAUCCUUAUUUUGCGGGGCAUGGAUACGCAGGUGUCCGCGUGGAUAUGCGGGGCUCCGGCGACUCGGAGGGCUUGUUGCGCGGCGAAUACCUCCAACAGGAGCAGGACGAUGCGCUGGAGAUUCUCAAAUGGAUCGCCGCCCAGGCGUGGUGCACGGGAUCCAUUGGCAUGAUGGGCAUUUCCUGGGGCGGCUUCAACGCGCUACAAGUCGCGGCUCUACGGCCGCCCGAGCUCAAGGCCAUCAUCUCGCUGUGCUCGACGGAUGACCGCUACAAUAAUGAUGUCCACUACAUGGGCGGCUGCCCCCUGGUCGAAAACUUUCUCUGGGGUGCCGUCAUGUUCACCGUCAGUCCCAACCCUCCGGACCCGGCCUUGGUCGGGGACAAGUGGCGGAAGAUAUGGCUCGAACGUCUCGAGUACGGCGUUCCUUAUGUCGCUGAGUGGCAUGAGCACCAGCGACGCGACGAAUUUUGGAAACAUGCCUCUGUUUGUGAAGACUAUAGUGCCAUCCUAUGCCCUACCUAUCUGGUGGGCGGGUGGCAGGACCCGUACCACAACUCAAUCUUUCGCAUGUUGGAACGCCUCCAAUGUUGUCCCAAGAAGGCACUCGUAGGACCUUGGGCGCAUAGCUGGCCGAAUUUUGCCUACCCAAAGCCACGUGUCGGAUUUCUCCAAGAGUCACUUCGCUGGUGGGACAAGUGGCUCAAGGGGAUUGAAACGGGCGUCAUGGACGAUCCGAUCUUUCGAUGUUAUCAGCAAAGCAGUAUUCAACCACAGCGCCAUUAUGAUUUCCGUCCUGGUCAGUGGGUGGCCGAAAAUGCAUGGCCUAGCCCCGGAGUUACACCUCGAAUCAUGGGCCUUGUGCCAAAGCGGCUUGUGGACGGCGCAUAUCAGAGCGAUGCUAAAUUGUCCAUUUGCUCGCCGCAGACGGUCGGUUUCGGAGCCGGCCGCUGGCUGCCCUACGGCUCCGGCGCGGACCUUGCUGGUGAUCAACGGCGAGACGCCCACGGCUCCUUGGUUUUUGAUAGAGAGCCUCUGAGCGAGCCCCUGGAUAUCAUGGGGGCCGUACUGGUUCGACUUCGAGUCGCGAGUGACAAGCCUCAAGCGCUCGUGGCUGCAGUGUUAUCCGAAGUCCUGCCCGACGGCUCCGCUACGAGGCUUACCUACGGCGUGCUCAACCUGACGCACCGCGACGGCCACACCGACCUCAAAGCGCUUGAGCCGGGCACCUACUACAAUAUCACGGUCAGGAUGAACGAGUGCUGCCAGCGCAUUGGUGCGGGAAGCGUGAUACGACUCGCGCUCUCUACGUCUUAUUUCCCCACGGUUUGGCCGUCGCCCGAGGCGGCCACCUUGACCAUUGAUUGCGCGGAGAGCAAGUUGGAAUUGCCUAUCCGAACAGGCAACCCAAUGGAUGAUGAGCUGAAGCCUUUUGAGCCGGCCGUCAAUGCUGCGCCACUCGAAACGAUCCAAUUGCGUGAAGGGAGUAGCAAGAACACCAUCACCGAGGACCUUGCGACGGGCGAGAUGACAGCAACAUACUACACCGACAUUGGUCUCUGCGAAAUCAAGGAGACGGGCUGGCGAUUUGGCGAGUGCACUGAAAUUGUAACAAGAAUCAAGCCCGACGACCCAUUAUCGGGGCGGGCACAGAUGAAGUUUCGUCAAGACUUUGGUCGUAGUGGUCUCGAUCUGGUCCUCAAUGGGCUGACAACCAUGUCCGCUACGGCGACAGAGUGGCAUCUGACCAUGGAAAUUGAGGCCUUGGAACAAGACGAGCAAAUAUUCCAGCGGGAUUGGAAGUACGUCAUUCCGAGAGACCAUAAUUGA